AGGCAGUAUGUCGCCAAUAGUCUUCAGUUGUAGAAAUGGCAGCGCUGAGACAGGAGCAUCGGUAUGGGCUCUCCUGUGGCAAAAUCAACAAAAACACCCCGAAUCAAACUAUUUAUCACGUCAAACUCACUGACACUGCCAUCCGGACCCUCGAAGCCUACCAGAACCUGAAGGCAUCACUAUCAAAUCAGCCAGCGAUUUGCUUCAAGGGGAGCCAGGGGUAUGUAAAGAUCCCAGCGCCAACCCCUGAAUCUCCUGAUGGAUUCAGAGUCUUCUCGUUCUACCUUUCCAGUGACAGCAAAGACAAGCCUCAGUCCAGCUUCGACUGCAUUCACCAGUAUGUCUCAGGGGAGGGCAGGGAUCACCUGGAGGGCCAGGGCAGCAUUCAGGACAAGAUCACAGUUUGCGCCACAGACGAUUCCUACCAGACGACCCGGGAGCGCAUGUCUCAGGUGGAGAAGGACAUCUGGAGCCGCUCAGCAAUUGAGAUCAAGCCGGGGCCAAGUAAGUAUGUGAAGGUCCAGAGGAAGCAGGGUCUGGUAUCAGGCUCAGAUAGCAUCAACAAGCACUCCCCCAACAAUAAGAGGAGCCUGGUUCCCAGCCCUGUGGCACACCGGCCCUUGAGGGAUCGGAUCGUUCAUCUCCUGGCCUUAAAGCCCUACAGGAAACCUGAGCUGCUACUGUGGUUGGAGAGGGAGCGGGCCAGUCCAAAGGACAAGGCUGAUCUGACCUCAGUACUGGAUGAGGUUGGUAAACUGAACAAUAAAGACCACAGCUACUCUCUGAAGGAUGAGCUCUACAGACACGUCCAGAGAGACUGGCCUGGAUAUCUAGAGGAGGAGAAGCAACUCAUCCAUAGGCUCCUGAUCAGGAAACUUCAACCACUCCACAGUAGCCAGUUGAAGAGUCCCCAGUCCAACCAUUCAUUCCACAAUACUCCCGGGGACUCUCCUUCACAUCUAAGUCCUGCCAAGAAUCUUUCUGUGAAACGCCCAUUGCCUUCGGACCCAUCCAACGGUCAGACCCCCAAAAAACAAAGACUAUUAGACCAGUGUUUGCCUCUGCAGUCACCGUCUAAUGGAGACUAUGGCGCCAAUGGGGCUCGUAGCUCCUCAAGUCAUGGAAACUCUAGAGUACAGAUCAAACUGGAGUUCGACAAAACCAGCAAUCAUCUCCAGGGGAGCCCAAAUGGUCUGUACUCGCCGCACAAACUUAGCGGCUCAUCUAAUGUUCCCAAACUGGAGAGGACAGAGCCAGCUCCUACUGCACCCAGCCCUAAGCCCCCACACACUGACCAACAUACCAUUUGCACUGACCAACCGUUCACCAACGGCCAACAUAAAAAGAAGAGGUCCAAAAAGCACAAAGACAAAGAACGAGAGCGCUUAAAACCAGACUGGAUUGAGACGAGUCCAGACCUGAAGCAAAACAGAGAAAAUCUCAAAGACCAUGAGGGAGAGAAAACACCUGUCAAUCGAACCUCAGCAGAGGAACUGCCUGACUAUUUAAUAAAAUACAGCACAAUAACAGCACUGGAGCAGCGGCAAGAGUAUAAGGACGACUUCUGUGCCGAGUACGAUGAAUACAGAGCUCUUCAUGACCGGAUUGGGGCUAUCACAGAGAUGUUUGUUCAGUUGGGUUCAAAGAUCAACACUCUCUCCCCGGGAACACAAGAGUACAAGCUUAUGGAGGACCAAAUACUACAAAAGUACCGAAAGUAUAAGAAAAAGUUUCCUGGGUAUCGGGAAGAAAAGAAGCGAUGCGAGUACCUCCAUCAGAAACUGUCGCAUAUCAAAGGCCUGAUCACAGAUUAUGACCGAGCACAGGGACUCUCGUAGUAACUGGCUUCUACCCUCAACAGGGUGUACUAUGACUGGACCAAAAGACUCCUAAUGGACCCAAAGACUGCCCAGCUGGAUCCUGGAGUCACUGAAACACUACUCACUUUACUCCUCCCAGUGUUGAUGGAAUCGAGGAGCAAGGUUCUUUUUCAAAAGUGGGCUGAGACCACCGACUCGUGAUCAAAUAUUGCCCUUUAACAUUAUGGUUUUCAACUAUGAUUAUCGCUGUAAUGGCUUGAUUCUGUUCUGCUGUAAAAUGGUCCGAUGACACAGUGAAAGCCAAAUCCAUUUUUCUAAAAUGCAAAGCAUAUGUGAUCCUUUUCUGCCUAAUUGCAUUAUUCUAUCCUUUAUCUUGUCAGGACUCAGAAAAAAAAGCAUCGAUUUAUAAAAAAAAAUCAUCACAAAAAAGUAUUAAAUUGAUGGUACAAUCAAUCUUAGAGGGAAACAAAUGCUACUAAAGUCUUUAUAUUUAUCAUACAGAUGAAUCUGUUUAUUUGUUGUUUGCUGAUAGAAAGUCAACACAUCCAAUCACAUCAAUUAUUCAUUAGUUGCAGUAAUAAGAUCACACAAUGACAAUAGUAAGGUCCCUCCAAUAACGAUGUAUCUCCCUUCAGACCACAUGCAAACAAAAUGUUGUCGUCCAUACAAAAGCUAUAUUUCUGCAGGACAAAAAAAGAUGUAUCUCAAUGUAUCACUAAAAUGAUCACAACAUGAAGUUUAAAUCAUUAUGCAAAAUUCUUCGGGCUUUGAUCAUAAGGAAUCUUACCAUGUAGCGUUCUGCCAAUGUCCUGUGUCAUUUCUAGGAAAUGUUAGAAUGCCACAAAACCACUCCUCCUAGUUCCGGAAUGCUGGUUCCAUGAAAGUGCUUGUGCACAUUUAGUGUCAAUUUCACCCACAUGUAGCCUACCACAAACUGCCUUUUCAUCAUCAACUCUCUCAAGUCUUCUGGUUAUAGGUUUGUUUACUGAUACACAGUACACAUAGUCAUCAUGCUUUAUUUACGCUGUAGAUGAAUGACUACAAGCCCUAUGAAACAUGAGCUCUCACUCUACAGGCCAUUUUAAAAGUUAACAGGGUAUUUUAUCUUGGUAAUCAAGCUUGUCCACACAUUUUUUGAUUUACUAUGACUUUUCUUGUGUUGAAGUCUUGAGAUAGAUUGCAAUAGAGAUGCCUUUAACUAAUUGGACCUUGUAAUUGUUAGUCCCACAUGUAAAGCGUGCGGAGGAUGGCACUGUGGGCCGCUUACUCAGUUCAUACCACUUUGGUUCAGAUGGGUGUAAGGAGCAGGCGGGCCUCUAGAGGCUGCUAGCAGGGCUUUUACACUCAUUUUAGACUGAUGAUUUGUCCCAAGGCAGUAACAUCUGAAUAACCACAAAGUGUAAUUUUAUUUAAUCUUAAAAUUAGCUGUAGCCUUAAGUAGGAACUAGUGAUCAGAUUUCAGUGUUCUCUGGACUUUUGAAUCAAUGUAGCUGUUGUCUUAAUCAUGGCUUAAAGUGGAAGGAUUAAGCUAAUAUUUGCCUUAACAUGCAUGUCAGACAUUUCCAAGAUUAUGCCAUCUCUGUUCUGAAAUGUUCUUGGUUUAACCUGCACAGUUCAAAGCGUUCUUAGACUUUUUCUGUAAACGUCUUUUAGUUUGAAGGAACUUCAGUUACUGGAUAGUUGUUACUGGAUAGUUGUUGUGUUAUCUGUGUUGUUCUUGGUUGUUUUUUCAUGUACGUCUUAAUCAUUUUCGGUAUUAGCUUCAUUUGUUGUCUCAUAAUCUGUCAAAUAAUCAUGAACUGGUAAGGGAUUUAAUUCACUGUCCAAUCUUAUCAAGCACCACUAUCAUCCUUGCAGAAAUCUAUACAAAAUAAUGUGCUUUGCUUCUCUUGAUUUCUCAAUGAAAAUACUUAGUGGGCUUAUUGUCACAUAUUUAGCAGCUCUUUUGCAUAAAUUGCAUUGUUUUUUACAUAUGGAGGGUUACUUCUGGUAUGUUUGAAGGAUUUAAGACUAGCAACAUUUGCUCUGUCUUGGCACAUAUGAACAUUUCCAAAUAAGGAAUAUUUAUUAGCACUGACUAUUGGAAAAAUGAGAAUAGUAAACCCAGAUUUUGAGUAUUAAAUAUCAUCAACGCUAAAAAUGCUGGAUUCUUAAAGCUCCGGUACAACUACAGAAAUGUUUUCUUUAUUUUGGCUGUUUGGAUCUCUUCUCAGGACCAGACCACACACUCUUUUAUGAUUAUUUUGUCAAUAUACAUUUUGAUAAGCCUAGCAAAUAGCCACAUAAUGUAGCUCCACCCAACUAGAGAAAGUAUCUGACCAGUCAAAAUGACUGAAAACAAUGGUUUUGUUCUGGUACUGGAUCUGGAAAUCAGUGAGGCAUGGUUUAAUUGUAUUAACCACGUCUGCACAGAUAUACAAAACAAUUUGUGUUUUACAGAAUUUCUCAUUCCAAACAGAAAGGUACUGAAUAAUGGCGGGAUUGAAACGUCCACAUAACACCAUUUAGACCAUGAGACCUUAAAAGUAAUAACAAUUUAGAGAACUACUUUAAGUUAAGGGCUUCCCGUUUACCACUAAAGUAGUAGUGGUCAAUUGUAGAAUACAUAUGUAACCAAACAAAGUGCAUCAUGGGCAGAUUAUUAUUAUUAAUCAGUAUGAAUAAAGAUAAUCGUACAAUUCAUGUUAACAUGUUUUUGGGAAACCAGACCCUUGGUGGAAGGGGCCUCUCAAGCGCUAACUGUGAUGUUUGUUUUUUUUUACUGUCGCAGGAGCUAACCACUGAUGGUGCCUUUUUCAUUCAAAGAGCAGAGCCACUCUGCAUGUAACUAUCAUUGGUAUUUUGAGGGGAAAAAACCUGGGCCAGCAGUAUUUAUACAUCCGUAGUUUCACACUGUUGCCACUGUUCAAAGUGCUAUGUUCAUAAUUUUUUAGAUUAAGUUGAUAUCAGAUUAUAAAAUGUAUAGUGUGUCGGCACUGACAUUUUUCCAGAAUGAAAAUAUUUGUUUUCUUUUCUACUUCCAGACCAGCAAAUUAUUUCCACAAAUGUAAUACUGGUGCGUUUAAUUGGUUUGUUGGUACUGGAAAAAUAAUGGAAAUGUGAAAUCAAACAUAUUGCCUAUCACGAAUCACUGCAAUUGAUCUACCUAGGAGAACAACUUUCUUUAUUUAUUGCUUUGUAUGUGUUUGUCCUUUUAUAGGAUUCAUCUUUGCUUAGUUUGUUCAUUCUUUUCACAGCAAAAUUCAGAGUAUGUUGAAAGGGAAAUAGAAUAUAUUUUUGCAAUUUUUGAUGGUGGAUGCCUUAUCACAAUGUCAUCCUCUUGAGAAAAGAUUUCAGAAAGAAAGUGUAUUGUCUCAGUAUAAAUAAAAAAUAAAGCUUUUAAUUCAA